CGCCCCUGGGCGCCCGCCGCUUCCAGCCGCCUGAGGCACCCGCCUCGUGGCCCGGCGUGCGCAACGCCACCACCCUGCCGCCCGCCUGCCCGCAGAACUUGCACGGGGCGCUGCCCGCCAUCAUGCUGCCUGUGUGGUUCACCGACAACUUGGAGGCAGCCGCCACCUACGUGCAGAACCAGAGCGAGGACUGCCUGUACCUCAACCUCUACGUGCCCACCGAGGACGGUCCGCUCACAAAAAAACGUGACGAGGCGACGCUCAAUCCGCCAGACACAGAUAUCCGCGACUCUGGGAAGAAGCCUGUGAUGCUCUUUCUACACGGCGGUUCCUACAUGGAGGGCACCGGGAAUAUGUUCGAUGGCUCAGUCCUGGCCGCCUAUGGCAACGUCAUCGUAGCCACGCUCAACUACCGUCUUGGGGUGCUCGGUUUUCUCAGCACCGGGGACCAGGCUGCAAAAGGCAACUAUGGGCUCCUGGACCAGAUCCAGGCCCUGCGCUGGCUCAGUGAAAACAUUGCUCACUUUGGGGGUGACCCUGAACGCAUCACCAUCUUUGGGUCCGGGGCAGGGGCUUCCUGUGUCAACCUUCUGAUCCUCUCCCACCAUUCAGAAGGGCUGUUCCAGAAGGCCAUUGCCCAGAGUGGCACCGCCAUUUCCAGCUGGUCUGUCAACUACCAGCCGCUCAAGUAUACGCGGCUGCUGGCAGCCAAGGUGGGCUGUGACCGGGAGGACAGCGCUGAAGCUGUGGAGUGCCUUCGCCGGAAGCCCUCCCGGGAGCUGGUGGACCAGGACGUGCAGCCUGCCCGUUACCACAUCGCCUUUGGACCCGUGGUGGACGGCGACGUAGUCCCUGAUGACCCUGAGAUCCUCAUGCAGCAGGGAGAAUUCCUCAACUACGACAUGCUCAUUGGUGUCAACCAGGGAGAGGGCCUCAAGUUCGUGGAGGACUCUGCAGAGAGUGAGGAUGGCGUGUCUGCCAGCGCCUUUGACUUCACUGUCUCCAACUUUGUGGACAACCUGUAUGGCUACCCAGAGGGCAAGGAUGUGCUUCGGGAGACUAUCAAGUUUAUGUACACAGACUGGGCCGACCGGGACAAUGGUGAGAUGCGGCGCAAGACCCUGCUGGCACUCUUUACUGACCACCAAUGGGUGGCACCAGCUGUGGCCACCGCCAAGCUGCACGCCGACUACCAGUCCCCUGUCUACUUUUACACCUUCUACCACCACUGUCAGGCUGAAGGCCGGCCUGAGUGGGCUGAUGCUGCACACGGGGACGAACUACCCUAUGUUUUUGGUGUGCCCAUGGUGGGCGCCACUGACCUCUUCCCCUGCAACUUCUCCAAGAAUGAUGUCAUGCUCAGCGCUGUGGUCAUGACCUACUGGACCAACUUCGCCAAGACUGGUGACCCCAACCAGCCAGUGCCGCAGGAUACCAAGUUCAUCCACACCAAGCCCAACCGCUUUGAGGAGGUGGUGUGGAGCAAGUUCAACAGCAAGGAGAAGCAGUACUUGCACAUUGGCUUGAAGCCACGCGUGCGUGACAACUACCGUGCCAACAAGGUGGCCUUCUGGCUGGAGCUCGUGCCCCAUCUGCACAACCUGCACACAGAGCUCUUUACCACCACCACGCGCCUGCCUCCCUAUGCCACACGCUGGCCGCCUCGCCCACCGCCCGGCGCCCCGGGUACACGCCGGCCCCCGCCACCUGCCACCCUGCCCCCUGAGCCUGAGCCUGAACCAGGCCCAAGGGCCUACGACCGCUUCCCUGGAGACUCACGGGACUACUCCACAGAGCUAAGCGUCACUGUGGCCGUGGGGGCCUCCCUCCUCUUCCUCAACAUCCUGGCCUUUGCUGCCCUCUACUACAAGCGGGACCGGCGGCAGGAGCUGCGAUGCAGGCGGCUUAGCCCACCUGGUGGCUCAGGCUCUGGUGUGCCCGGUGGGGGCCCCCUGCUCCCUGCUGCAGGCCGUGAGCUGCCACCAGAGGAGGAGCUGGUGUCACUGCAGCUGAAGCGGGGUGGUGGUGUCGGGGCGGACCCUGCUGAGGCCCUGCGCCCUGCCUGCCCGCCCGACUACACCCUGGCCCUGCGCCGGGCACCGGACGAUGUGCCUCUCUUGGGCCCCGGGGCCCUGACCCUGCUGCCCAGUGGCCUGGGGCCACCACCACCCCCACCACCCCCCUCCCUCCAUCCCUUUGGGCCCUUUCCCCCUCCUCCCCCCACUGCUACCAGCCACAACAACACGCUACCCCACCCCCACUCCACUACUCGGGUAUAGGGGGCGGCUUGGGGAGGCCCUCCUCCCCGACCCUCCCCCGCCCAGCCACUCCAAAGGCAGGGAGGAGGACUUGGCAGCAGGCUUUUCUCCUGUGGAGUUGUCACGCGUCAUCGAGCAGCAUUAAGUUGGACACAGGAUUCCUCACUGGGAUGCGUGUUUUUCCCAUGCAGAGAGGCCCGUUCACUUCUCCGGACCUGGGCCUUUGAACAACUGGGGGUGUUUUUUCCCCUCCACUGGGACACCAGUCUUCGGUGUGUGGAAAUGUGGAAGUAUUUUCCCACGUGGAGGUGUGCUUUCUCACAAGGGGGUGUGUUUUCCCAUGUGCAGGGUGAGGUUUUUUUUGCCGCCCUGGACACAUGUUGGCCCCCUCAAAGAAUUUUGUGGGGAUUUGUACCCCAGAAUCCUGUUCCCUCAUGCCUUCUCCCACCUCCUCCCCUCUCCCUCCCCCUGGAGACCCUGGAAGUGGUGUGUUCACAUACAGUGACCCUUGACCACCAGACAACACAGGGUGGUGCCUGGGAAGCUUUGAGGAAAUCACAGCCCCACCUCACCCCUGCCCUCCCACCUCCUCCCCCACCCUUGCACCCCAGCAAAGCAUGUUUUUCCCUCGUGGCACAAGUCAGAUGAAGCACGUUUUCCCAGGGAGGCUCUUACCUUCCACAGAGGACAGUCAGAUUUCCUACUGGGGGGAAGGGAGGAGAUCCAUGCAUCCUGGUGCUACCUGGAAACUAAAUUUCCCAUGGUCCAGGACGUUUCACUGAGUGGGAACAUGUUCUUGCAUGUGGAUGUGCGUUUUCCCAGGCAGAGGGUCCCUCUCUCCCUAACACUCCCCUGCGUCCCCCAGGCUUCAGGCCCAGCACUCAGUUACUCCUCACAUAGCAAGUGGGAAGAAACUUCCAGUUGACAGGAGCUGAGGGGGAUGUACAAACUCUGAGGGAGUGCUCAGCCCUCCCUUCCUCAGAGAUGCUGAGUUGAGGGGAGGGGGUGUGUGGCAUGUGCCACUCACAGAGGCCAUGCAUGUUUGACCAAAGCCCUCAUCCGGGGUCUGAGGAUAGCCUUUCCCUCAGGCCUCAGAUCAUUGCUCAUCUGUGCCAAACUGGGUAGGUGGAUUUGAGGAGAAAGACCCCCAAAAUGUGCCAAGGAUUCCCUAUUCCCAGGGCAGGGCAGGGGAAGCUGGGGGCAAGUGGGAUACAGGGUGAAGGAUAUGGCAGGUUAGGGGGCUCCUGCCUGUGUCUCCUCUCCUCACUGUGUCAUCUCCCCUCCCUGCCUCAGUUCCCCAUUCUCCUUCAUCUGCCUCCCUCUUUGGAGCUGUCCCCAUCUCAGUGUCAGACCAGCCUUUUUCCCUCAGCUGACAAUGCCCGCUUCUUUGGCCUCCCUCACCCCUGCCCCCAGCUUGGCUGAAGGAAAGGAGCAGUGGAGGAUGGAGGGAGGCAGCAGAGAGAAAGGUCUCACUGGACAGAUUGGGGAGAAUGAGGUCAGCUGUGCUGAGGAACAGAUGGAGGGGGCAGUGGGGGACAGGGGACACGGCUUGAGCAGCACCGACAGGAAGAAUUUGAAACGUGUGAGGGGCCUGCCCAGAGGUCCUAGGGUUCUAUUCCCCAGAGUCAGAUACAAGGACCUCUGGGGAAUAGAACAAUGUCAGAAGGAUUUUGAGGAAUGUGAAUGGAGGAGGGGAGCAUCCUUAUCUGCUGGCAUUGUGUGGGCUGUUAGUGCCAAACUUGAGGAGGGCGUGGGGUGCUGUCUUCCACUGACACCCAAAUCCAAAAUCCCUGGUCUUGAGUCCCUAGAACUUUGCCUCUUUACGCCCUUCUCCUACCUCCAUCCAUGGAAACUUAGUUUUCUGACCCUUUCCCCUGCCUGGUCUAGUUCCCUUCCAAACAGCCAUGCCCUCCAAAUGCUAGAGACCUGGGCCCUGAACCCUGUAGACAGAUGCCCCCAGAAUUGGGGCAUGGGAGGGGGGCUGGGGGACCCCAUGAUUCAGCCACGGACUCCAAUGCCCAGCCCCUCUCCCCAGAACAAUCCCCUGACAGUCCCAUGUCCCUACCCCAACCCUUUGCGGCUCUGUACACAUUUUUAAACCUGGCAAAAGAUGAAGAGAAUAUUGUAAAUAUAAAAGUUUAACUGUU